AUGUCUGUAUCUAGUGCUGUGGGAGGUCUUCCCACUACCAGCCUUCCUGGGUUCUACAGUAAUACAUCAUUGUAUUCACCCGAAAACAGUUCCAUCAUCUCUAAUGGAACUUCAGCGUCAUAUCAGAAUGCUACUGGGACGUUAUGUGCUUGGGACGCCGAACAAGGUGCCAUAGUCUGUGAUAAUAUUAACGAUAUAGUAGGGAACGGAACAGCCGGAACACAACCCAAACAACCAUUGUGGGUAUCAAUUAUACUUGGAAUAUUAGCCGGCUGUAUCAGUGUGCUGACCAUUUUAGGAAAUAUUUUAGUAUUAUUGUCGUUUGGUUUAGAGAGAAGUAUACGACAACCGACAAACUAUUUUCUUGCCUCAUUAGCCGUCUCGGAUCUGCUCAUUGGAACGUUUUCGAUGCCCUUAUUGACCCAGUAUAUAUUAUUAGACCAUUGGUCACUCGGUCCCUGGCUAUGUGAUCUGUGGUUGGCUUUAGACUGGACUGUUUGUCUCACGUCGCAAUAUACCGUGUUUCUUAUAACUAUGGAUCGUUUCCUCUCGGUGAAAAUACCCGCAAAAUACAGAAAUUGGCGAACUGAGCGGAAAGUUUUAGUGAUGAUAGCUUUCACGUGGAUAUUGCCAACAUUAGUGUUUUUCACAUCCGUCAUAGGAUGGCAGUAUUUUGUGGGUGAAAGAACUGUAAAGGAAGGCUCAUGUGAAGUUCAGUUUAUGAGCGACCCUUUAUUCACAUUUCUGUUAACUUUAGGAUACUAUUGGAUAACUCUCUUUGUUAUGUGCGUUCUCUACGCUGGAAUAUACAGAGUUGCAUUAAAGCUACAAAGGAAGUCCGACGCCAAACAAAAAAUUCUAAAAUCAGCUAUGGAAUUGGCUGCCGAUCAUGCAGCUUUGCGCAAUACUAUAUCUAACUCGAGUGACAGUCCGCAACCUAAAAAUAAAAACAAGAAAACCGUGAUCGAAAACAAUAAACCAAAAGGUAUGACAAAAACAACCAGCUUCAGCAAACAAAAAGCUAAAGAGCAGGAAGACGAUCGAUCUAGUAGCCCAGCAUUCGCUUCAGAUGAUGAAAACAGUAGUAGCGCUGGAGCUGGUGGCACAAGUAAAACUCCGUUAACAAAUCAUAAAGCCAAACGGAUCAAGGGCCAAGAAGAUAAACGCGAGUUCAUGUUGGAGGAUGAAAUGAAGACAGAUAAUAACAAAGGUGAUAACAAUGCAAAUAACAAGUCCCAUAAUCUUUCUCCCGAAGACGCUUUAGAAGAGCGCGGUGUGCAACGCUUAGCUGCACAUAAGCGUAGGAAAAAUGGACGCCUUCAAAAUUUAGUUAAAUCUGUUCGGUCGAGAAAUAGUCGGCGAAGAAAUAGGCGAGAAAGAAAAUCAAAAUCUGAGAAUCGUGCUCGGAAAGCUUUGCGGACCAUAACUUUUAUUUUAGGAGCUUUUGUGCUGUGUUGGACACCGUAUCAUAUAAUGCUUCUAGUGAUAGCAAUUUGUAAAGGUUAUGCUUGUAUUAGUAUCCCCUUUUAUAACUUCACAUAUUGGCUGUGUUAUCUCAAUAGUCCAAUAAACCCUUUCUGUUACGCUUUUGCAAACGCUCAAUUUAAGAGGACGUUUCUUAGAAUACUCAAGCUGGAUUUCCAUAGAACGUAG